AUGCCAGACUCUCGCGUCACACAAGGUCAAAAUGCGCAGCCUCACAAUCAAUGUGCAGUCCCCGCUCAGGAUGCACUUUGUCACGAGCACUGGGUUCAUGUUUCCUACAUGUAUGAGCAAGUGGCUCGAUUUCUGUUCACUCGUUUGAUUCUCUUGGUCUGGAGCUACGCUCUCUUCUUGCUAGCUAACGUCGUACCCAAUGUCUCUACUUUUGAAUAUGCCACAGGAGCUGCUGGAGAUGAUACUGGUUUGCAUGACCUUGGGCGAGCAAUGGUCCCUCUCCUUGACUUGCAAGGCUCUUCUACGAACUAUCGCCUAUUCCGACUCUUGUUGUCAGACUUUACUCAGAGUGAGCUCGUACCAUGCGGAAACAAAGUAGCAAGACUGACUUGUGUGCAGAAUGGAGCGUCAUAUUCUGCUGAAUAUCGGAAUGCCUUGACAAAGGGGCGCUUUGCGAGCGCAUGGAGGCGUCUCUGCAAGAGAACCAUAGCCAUGGAGUCAGGUUCGCCCUGUCACCUGCUCCUGGCUGCCGUCUCAUACCGCUUCACUCUCUCGGGCGGAGCUUUCAUCUAUAAACUGGGCCGUCAUUGCUUUCGUAUCCUGAACCUCGAUGACAACGCAGCCGAAGAGGCGCACAUCGAUACGCGGAACAUCUAUGCCAAGUUGUAUGGACAUACCCCUUGCCAGCCAUUCCAGGUCGAUUUUCUCCACUAUGAAAAGGGCAUCUUGUCACUCCUCCUCAAGGGACACGAUCCCAGCUGGUUCAGGCUGGUGGUGUGCGAUGUCCAACACCAUUGCAUACUCGACUCGGAGAGCCUACCGGGCUGCAACGGUAUCUUUGUGAGAAAUGAUGAACAUGACCUCUACUAUGGUAUUCUCGUCGAUGAUCCGGUUUCUACAUGGCGGUGGUCCUUGAGGGGCUUCAACAUUGGAUUUCGACAAUGGGGGCCCAAGUUUCUUCUCGAUGUCGGGUUCAUCGGCGACCGACUGGGAGAGAAUGUCUGCUUUGAGAUCAUUGACAGAGUGCUAUACGGCGCAACGUCAAGUUGCUCGACCCUCGGCCCCAUCACCUACGACCUACAGCGUAGCUACUACCACUGGUUCAGGAUGCGUACCAACGAUCCCAGCACCUUGCAACACCUCUCCGGCUCCUUCAAAGGUCGCAAUGCUGUCAAGAGGCACGCUUUCGACAUUAUGAAGCUCUACCAAGACGAAGCAACGGGCGAUGUUUCCUUCUAUUUGGCCUGUGCCCACAUUCCAUACGGCAAGACGGAGAGAUGCUGCUACCGACAGGUCCUUGUGCCUGCGCAAUACUUGGACAACUUUGGACAAGAGGGCGACUGGGCACCUGGGGACCCAGGAAUGAGCUGUCACGUUGGCGAUGUCUACAGUCCCCGCUUCGAAACGAUCUGCGCAAAUGACUAUGAUCCCCGAACAGACAGCUUCAUCGAUCUGGUGAACGAGCCAUCGACCACUACGCUAAAGCACUUCAGGCUUCGAACGCGGAUCAGACCCCAACGACGUCCUGUACGCUCUACAUCUCCAGGCUGGGCAUUCAAGGGUGAGACCGAGUGGCAGCAAGACGAGGCUAUUGCUUGCCUAUGGCCACCCGAGGUGAAGAGCGGACAGGACGAGCCCAUUAUGAGCAUGCUCUUCAACCUCAUGACACCUAUAAAUGAGCCCGUGAAAAAGGUUCGCCGGGAUUUCAAUAGUCGCGUCUUUGUGUUUUCACCUGUCAGUAACAAUGGGACCAAUGGAACCAUUGUCCUCGUCUCAUUUGACCCUGCGCUCCGUAUUCCAGGUCUGCGCAAGGCGGAUGGGACCGAGCCGCAGAGCGUUCCACAGAGGCUCCUGGAAUUGCCGGACACGCCAGAGCUCGGCGACGACGAGUGGAUGGCGCCAGCAAAGCCUUUUCAUCUUAUCAUCGGCGCGGCGGACGGUGGGCGUGCUGCUGGUUAUGACUUCACAUACUAG